CCCCGCUGGGGGCCGGGAGCCCGGACUCCUGGGUUCAAUCUCUAGCUCUGGGAGGGGGAGCCCGGACUCCUGGGUUCUCUCCCCCACUCGGAGCUGGGAGCCCGGACUCCUGGGUUCAAUCCCCGGCUCUGGGGGCUGGGAGCCCGGACUCCUGGGUUCAAUCCCCGGCUCGGGGUGGGGAGGCUGGUAUCUGUCUCCUCAGGGCUGGCAGUUCUCCAGGCCGGAGGACAUGGUAGAGGGGGCAUCGCCAGCCCCGUCCCCGGAGCAGAGCCCAUGGCCUCCCAGACGGACAAGUCCCUGCUGUCGGCAGAGCUGGAGGAGGAAGACGAUGAGGAGUUCAGACAGCUGCUGCUCCAGGCCACCCAGAAGAUCCAGAGCGCGAUGCCUUCAGUGCGUGACUCGAAACCGAUCCAGCCUCAGCCUGGCUUCUGCAUUAAGACCCACACGGGCUCCCAGGAGAAGGUGUUUGUGAACAUCUGCCAGUCGCUGCACAUCCCGCCACCCCUCGACCUCAACCGCCAGGAGCUGGAGUGUCUGAUUGAGUCGGACAGCGCCUCAUCCUUCCGCAUCCCCAUGAGCCUGGGGGAACCCCACGCCGAGCUGGACAACAGCGGGAAUGGCUGCACUGCGUAUGAUGUGGUCAUCAACUCCGGCUUCUUCAGCAAAGUUGAGGCUGACCCCUUCUUCAAAGAGUUCUUCAUCACAGUAGCCCUGGAGGGGCUGGCAGACAAGUACAAGAUGGACAUCAAUCACCUGGAGUGGCGAAUCCUGAAGAACCGGAAGUUCAUGGGCUCCAUCUCGGGACAGACCAUCCGCACCAAGUCCAGCCCUGUCAUACAGGAGAUGGACUUCAGUUCCCCUGUGCUCCCCAAAUUCACCAUCCUGGCGGAGCCGGCAGGAGGGGCCCCCGAAUUCCUGCUGGCUGAGAUCCACCUGCCCAGAGUGAGCUCGGCACGGGAGCUCUCCCUGGAGCUGGGGCAGGACCGGGUUGUGCUGCGGGGGGGGCCAGGCCCCUACAUCCUCGACAUCUACAUCCCCCACGACAUCGUCCCGGAGCGCAGCCACGCCCGCUUCCACCGGCGCACUGCGGUGCUGACGGUGAAGAUGCCCAUCCAGCCCCAGCUGGCGCCCCCCUGAGGAGACCUCCCCCGCCCACAGGAGAGAAUCCAGGAUCCGGAGUGGGGGGCCCCCCACCAGACCAAGGGGGAGCCAGCAUGUGGGGGGUUGGGG